ACCAUCCACAGUGACCUCCAGGGUUAUAUCAAAACAGUCGAUACAAACACACAACUUCGACAAAAUAUGGUGCAACAAACUGAAGAAACAUUUAAAGCUGCAAAGUCGAACCUUGAACGGCUGAAGCAAUGUAAAACCGAGUUAGAAGAUCCAACAAAUGUUGCUGCUGCGUACCCACAAGGUGUUAAAUUCCACAACGAGAGCGAUCUACGCACUAAUAAAAAGUCAAAGAAACCAAAGUCUGCGAAAAAUUGGAUAAAUGCCCCUAAUGAAGCGUCUGACAAGAAUAGUCCGAAUGAAUCACGGGGAAGUGGUGCACACAAUGUG